AUGACCGAGGGCGAGAGUGCCCCUCAAGUCGACACAGCGGCUACUGUCACCAGUGACAGCUCCGCUGCGCCGAUGCCUGCCGAAGUUCGCGCUCACGAUAACCACCAUGCCGACGCCCCGGCCCACCAUCUGAAGGAGCGGGACUCCAUCGGACGGCUGACACCACGACCAACCUUUAUGGAACAUCUAGCUGAGUCGCGCGAUGCAAUGUUCCAUCUCGACCGUCGCGACUCGAGUGAAUUGGAACGUUACUUUCACGGUCCCCGUGAAAUGGACAAGCACUCGAAGUGGCCCACCUUCAUGCGUAUGCAUGGUAGUGUCAUGCCAAAAAUGAUCUUGCCGCUGUUGACUGUGGCUGCCUGGUCGACAUUUAUCACGCUCUUUUCGAAAAAAGUUCACUACAUUGGUAUCAACAAUAUUCUGCUCACCGUGCUGGGUUUUGUGGUGGGUUUGGCGUUGUCGUUCCGUUCCUCGACUGCCUAUGAAAGAUGGGCCGAUGGACGCAAAUACUGGGCCCAGCUAAUUCAGACGUCUCGAAACCUGUCCCGCACAAUCUGGAUCAACACUGGCGAACGCCAAGGCGAAGAGGGUAAGGUUGAUCUGUUGAGAAAGAUCACAGCCAUGAACCUCAUUCUGGCAUUCGCCGUCUCUCUGAAGCACAAGCUUCGCUUCGAGCCUGAUAUCGCGUACGAGGACCUGGCUGGUCUCGUCGGCCACAUGGACACUUUCGCCCGCGACGCCCAUGACAGUGAAAGACUUCACCCCCCGGCCAAGUCGUUCAGAAAAGCUGUUGGAGAGUACCUUGGUGUCUCAUUUGCCGAGUCCAACCCUCGCAAAUUAAUCAAGCGGUCUAAGAAGCCCCUGGGACACCUUCCCCUAGAAAUUCUCAACCACCUGUCUGCCUAUGUCGAUUCGUGCGUGAGCAACGGUACCCUUGUCUCGGGCCUGCACCAGAGUCAAGCUAUCGGCAUGAUGGCCAGCUUCAAUGAAGUCCUGACUGGUACCGAGCGAGUGCUGGACACUCCUCUGCCCACCGCAUAUGUCAUUGCUAUUUCUCAGAUCGCCUGGAUCUAUGUCAUGGUUCUUCCCUUCCAGCUGAUUGCAGUUCUUGAUUGGGUCACUAUUCCUGCCUCAAUCGUCGCUGCCUACAUCAUUCUUGGUCUGGCCACAAUUGGCAGUGAGAUCGAGAACCCGUUCGGCCAGGAUGUCAACGAUCUCCCGCUGGACACCUACUGCCGCCAAAUUGCCCUAGAACUCGAUAUUAUGACUUCCACUCCGCCUCCCAAGGUUGAUGACUUCAUGUCCCGCCCGGAUAAUCUGGUAUUGUUCCCACUGAGCCAGAACGGAUACCCCGAGUGGAAGGAACGCACCGUCGAGGACAUUCGUGCCGCUCUGAAGACGAAGAUUGUUGCAAACCCUGAACCUGCCCCAUCAGAUGCUUCUACCGUUGUAGAGAAUAUGUCUUUCAAGGCAUCCAAGAGCUCCGUUUAA